CUGCAACCGGCACCGGCGCGAAGGGAGGAAGGGAGGGCGGGCACCACGGAGCCGCCGCGUUCCGCCGCUCAGCGCUGCCAUUGCGGCCCGGCCCGGUUCGGAUCGGCACGCUGCCGCUGCUACCACAGUGAGCAGGACCUGUACCGAGAGGAGGAGGGGAUCUCUGCAAAGUGAGGCUGGGUGGUGAAGAGCAGCAUGGAUCUGGAUGUGCUGAACAUGUUUGUCAUUGCCGGCGGCACCCUGGCCAUCCCCAUCCUGGCCUUUGUGGCCUCCUUCCUCCUCUGGCCCUCAGCACUCAUCCGCAUCUACUACUGGUACUGGCGCCGAGCCCUGGGUAUGCAGGUUAGAUACGCCAACUACGAUGACUAUCAGUUUUGUUAUUCCUAUAGAGGGAGACCUGGGUACCGACCAUCCAUCCUGAUGUUACAUGGGUUCUCAGCCCACAAAGACAUGUGGCUGGCUAUAGUCAAGUUCCUGCCAAAGAACCUGCACUUGGUGUGUGUUGACAUGCCUGGGCAUGAGGGCACAACCCGCUCAGCCUUGGAUGAUUACUCCAUUAAUGGGCAAGCUAAGAGGAUACACCAGUUUGUGGAGUGCAUCAAGCUCAACAGAAGGCCCUUUCAUCUGGUUGGCACUUCCAUGGGUGGAAAUGUUGCUGGUGUCUAUGCAGCUCAAUACCCAGAUGACAUUUGCAGCCUGACCCUCAUCUGUCCUGCAGGUCUGCCAAGUACCACUGACAGCAAGUUCAUUAAGCAGCUCCGGGAGCUGCAUGAGUCUGAAGGCAUCGACAGGAUCCCCUUAAUUCCCUCCACACCUGAGGAGAUGGCAGAUAUGCUGAAGCUUUGCUCCUACGUUCGCUUCAAGGUGCCACAGCAGAUCCUCCAGGGCCUCGUUGAUGUUCGCAUCCCGCACAAUGACUUCUACCGGAAGUUGUUUUUAGAAAUUGUGGAUGAAAAGUCCAGGCACUCUCUCCAUGAGAACAUGAGCAAGAUCAAAGCACCGACGCAGGUCAUCUGGGGAAAGCAGGACCAGGUCCUGGAUGUUUCCGGUGCCAGUGUCUUAGCAAGCGCUAUCCCAGACUGCCACGUGUACAUCCUGGAGAACUGUGGGCACUCGGUGGUGGUGGAGCGGCCUCGCAAGACGGCCAACCUCAUCAUGGAGUUCUUGGCACUGCUGCACAGCAUGGACAACAACAAGAAGCAGGCGUGAGCGUGGCGAGGAGCCGAGCACCCACGCCAGGUCUUUUAAAUUGUAAACUACUGCAGCUUUGAUAAGUUCUCAGGGAUCUUGUAUGAAUCGGGGUGAAUGUGCCAAAGUCCCUGAGGAAGUCAGAAUCACUGAUACCUAAACCUAUAGCACCGCCAGCACAGCGACCUAGGGGUCAUUGAGCAACCUCCAUAGAUAACAGGAACGGAAGCAGAAUCUCUCCCUUUUCUACUUAGAGAUAAAGUAGAAAUGAGCUGAAACCACCAAGCGCUAGCCGUGCCGUGUCCUGAAGCUCCUUACGCAGCCACCCAUCGUCCCCGUUACCGGCAUGUAAUUGUUAAUGACAUUUACCUAAACUAUGUAACAAUCGUAGGGAGGAGGAAGAAUCCUGGACUUGAGACUUAGAAUAUUUCUACUCCUUAGAGUCCGUCGCGUUGCAUGCUGCCAUGCUGUAAGAGAACCCCAGUGCUCCAGGUGUCUGCUCGAGUGCUCUUUGUGUAGCUCCUUAACUCGUGAUUUAUGCAGAAAACUACGGAACACUUCGUGCGUGGAAGUCGAUGACUGUACGUGCAAAAAUGUUUACACUUUGAGUGGGUUUUUUAAAUCCCCAAAGAGCUCCUGUGUAUGUGUAUUGCCUUAAUGUUGCCCAGGGCAGGGCAUGUGUGGCACAGCCCGCCUUGCCUGGGGGAUGGUUCCCCCUGAGAGUGAACAUAGCAAGCGAGAACUGGGGGUGCAGACAGCAGCUUCGCCGUUGUUGUGUGAUACGGAGGGAUGGAAAACCGCCAAAAGAGAUUUGGUUCCCCAGCCCAAGUCAGCAAUAAGCCCAUGGGCAGGGUUCGAGUCAGCAAACUCGGGUGAACUCAUCUCAGCUCUUCUACCAUGUACACUGCUGAACACAUUGAUGUAGAUGACAAUUUUCUUAAUGAAUUCUGUGAAUUCUGCAAAUUCUGCAAAUGCUGACAUCACUGACAACCAGGCAUGAAGCGGGGAGUGGGCUGUGCAUGUUACCAGUGCAGGGAUCCAGGGUUCCUGGGCUGGCUGGGCAGUGAGGAGGGGGACAGCUCACCUGCAAGGUGCUGGGCAGUGCCAUGGAAAGGUACAGUGUGCUUGUGUGUGCUCUCAAUGAUUGUAAGUCCUGACCACGUGAAAUCAUCAAUAGAAACAGGCAAUGAUGAUGAGCUAUGCGUUGCAGCCUGCAGGGUGAUGUACAGGGAUGGAUCCUGCACCUCUCCAGGUGCAGUCCCUUGCCACAGGUCCCAGGGGCAGAGGGCGGGUCCUGUCUUUACAGGACCCAUGGCUGCCAGAGGGCAAGGUGGCAUGUGGCCCUCUUGGGGGCAGAGCAGCAGGCAGCCAUCACCCUUUGGUCACCCCCAGCCCUCCUCAGGGGCUGACACCAGGUGCUGCUAGGGCCCACCCACAGACUGGGUGUGCACGCUUGCGGUGCUGACAGCUGUCUUCUCGCCAUCUUUCUGAGGAACCCCAGUCUGUACAGGUAUCUGAAACUCCUUGUCAGCUUCUCUGCUCUUUUUAAGAGAAGAAACAUUGUUCUUUUAGAAAAUGGGAAAUUUGCUGUUAAUUGCUUGAUUAUUGUUUCUACUACAGCUGAUAGUUUCAUGUGGUAAAAGCCAGAACAUUUUGUUGGGUAUCUAUAUGGUUCCUCAUAUGCCACUGGUUGCUGUACACAAAGGAUUUCUAUGGCUAUUAAAAUCUAGUGAUUUAAGGAGUCCACUGUGCAUUGAUUAUUUUUUGUUUGAGGAAGAAGGGCUGCUCCCAUGUUUUGAGCUGCUGCUCCCUUGUCACUGAGCCUCCAGCCUCCCGCCAGGUAAGGCUGCAUCCCUGGGCUGAGUGUGGCAUUUGACAACAGGCAGAAAGUCCUACUUCUCCUGGUGGGUUUAGGUGCCCUUUGGUCAGAGUUGAUAGAAGGAUGUCAGUGGAUUCUGGUCACAGCAAGCCUAGGCACUGGGAGCCUGCACAUAGCCUGAGCAUCCUGGCAUGGCAGGAGUGGGGGACUGCAUUGGAUUCCAAAUAUUUUUGUUACAACCCAGGACACUUUCCCACAGAGCAGCUAUGAAAUUUGACCCAAAGUCCUUCGCAGACCUAUAUCUUCUGACCCAGGUUUCUGUUUCAUGGCCUCAGCAACAAUGAAUAUUUCUACAAGCAAGGAUAUUGUUUCAUACUUGUAAUUAAAGAAUGAUGGGCUCAAUCAGUCAAAAUUAGGGUUCAACUUUAUGUACGGUGAGCCUUGAAAUGACUCUGUGUUCAAUGGU